CCUCCGAAGGGACAGUACCGUUGUAUGACCGUCGGUUUUUUGCGAGCGCGUUAUUGUUUUAUGUGAGAAGACACUCUUCCUUGAGGGAAUCGAUCACCAUUUGGCUAAUGUUAUUUGGGGUAGAGAGGAGGGAAAUCGAAGGGAAUUUUAUAAAAUAAAAAGCGAGACGAAUUUCGUGUAGGUGUGUUUAUGUGUGCCAGACGCUUCCACUAAUCGUCAUUUUGUCUAUUGUUCAUCAGUAGUGUUAGAAGAAUAAUAUCGAUCACUUUUAUCAUCUCCAUCAAUGAAUGGAUCCGCGCCCUCACCGAUUGUCUUCAGUAUAGCACAAAGUACUGCCACUAGUGUGAGUGAUUAUUGUGUGUGAAGAGCAACAGCAACAACAUCAGGAAAAGAGAGUGUGGGAGAUUGAUUGUGAGUGUCGGGCCAUCACUGCCUGCGAUAGAAAUUUUCAGUUCAGUGAAUUUGAUACUCAUCCGCCGCCGUCGACGGCUUCGUAUAGUUUAGGGGCAUCGCUGUAAGCACUCGCCGCGCGCUUUUACAUGUGUUCGUUUGAAUGAUUUUAUGCUGCUGCUGCUGCUGCCCUCCGCAACAUAUCAGCGCGCGGCCCUCUAAUGCCUAUUAUAUAAGAGAAAGAGCACAGCAAUUGGAAGCGGGUGAACGGUGGAAAAGAGGUGUGUUCCCUCAGGGAAAUCAUCAUCGCAGGACGGAACGGGAUACGGGAGAGAGAUUCGUUGGCUGAAGGCCCGUCGAGUCCGACCGACCUUCUGUGUGGUGUGCGUUAAAGAACGGCCAAGGGUCGAUAGGAGGACGUGAAGGGCGAGAGCUGCUUUCUGGAGUGUCCGCGUUCUCUCGGUAGUGUUUGUUACGUUGUCGCCCUCCCGGAUUUGGCCCUUGUUCGGGAAUAAAAGACUCCUCGCGUUGCGCUCUGUUCCGUGUGUUUGUGCCCUCAGCAUACAAUUCCCUGAACCGUCAGCCAGCAGCAUAAACGGCCGCCACACGGGUUCUAUGCGCGCGCGUUCCCGUGUUUGUGUACGUGACGCAAGAGCCCAACAUCAUCCAGGAAAAGAAGAAAACGCACACCCAAAACCCAUCCAGAGUGCACGGUAGGGAAGAAAAUUUUAUGUUGGCCCGUCAACCAUCGCCACAGAAAAUUAAUGCUUUUUCCUCCAUACGACCAAGAUAUUGAAUGCUUCCUGGAAAUUGGUCACGAUCGCGUUCUCGGUAUCGCCAUCAAACUGCAGAACGACUUCCGGUGCUCGGUUCGAUCGGAUUCGCGACGGAAGUGAGACGGCGAAGGUGGUGUGCAGAGCAGUCUGUGCCGUCAAAAUUCGUGGAAGUGCCAAUUCCAAGAAGUGAGAAUCGGGAAAAGAAGGAUACAUCCGCGCGAAGACACCGUUUUGUAGGGAUUACCUCUGUACUAGAAGAGUGUCUCACAGUGAAAAACACAAGGAUCGAUAUUCAACUUUUGUUUUGUGUUUGAAUCGAAAAAGUGUUGAACGGCACGUGUGCCGAUAAUCUAGAAAGAGGGCACAACAAUAUGGAUUACCUCCGGAUGCUGUGGUGAACGUCCCCCAUCCCCCCUCGGUGAAGCUGAUAAACUCCAAUUCCAAAUUUUGAAGCUCGGGAGCUUCUAAGACCAAUGUAGGAAGAUGAAUGGCAGCAACGGAACGAUCCUAGGUUAAGUCCGGCAGUUCAAUGCAGCAUCAAUCGCUGUCUGUGCGAAACAGCAGCGGAAUCAGUGGCAACAGGGACGAGAACUUUCCGUCAGUCCGGUCCUCGAAAGUCACCGUCAAAACGGCUUCCAUAAGCGCAAAGAUGGCCCCUCAUACGCAGGGUUCAAAUCUAACGAUCAAACAGCAAUAUCAACCCCACCAGUGGCCAUGGAACACAAGCAACAACACCAACGCUACCAAUAGCAAUAAUGUCCAAUCAAAUAACAACUCAAGCACAGCCACUAGCAAUAGUUCUACCAACAGUAACAAUUCACCUGCAGUCAAUACUCCGACGACGCAAAAUCAAUCACAACCCACUACACAGCAAUCGAACACUGCCUUGGUUGCGGCAGCCGCAGCUGGAACCCUCUCGGUAACUGCGGUCAACAAGCUGAAGCGCUUACAACCGACGACCCACUCGGAGGCCAGCACCAACACUAGAAGCAAUAGCACCAACACCAUUGCCAGCGGUGCCAAGCGAAUACGAACCACCAAUGUGGAGAAGGUUAACAAAUCGGUCGGCACCAAUACGACAGGCCUUUCGGGACCGCCAGGACUAGUGGCAGUUGGUUCGAGUCUGACAACCUCUGCCGCAAAUGCAACCACUACCAAAAAACUCACCCAGAUGGCAAUCGUCGCCGCCAGCAACACCAGCCAUCACCAUCAGCAGAUCUCAACCGCCGGUACGACGACGACCACUAUUACGAAGAACGCGAAAAACUUCACUGCCAGCGGAAAUGCCGACCUCUGCAACGCGAACAAGAUAACAGGUUACUUCAAGUCCCAAAUGAAAACCACCAACACAUUUAAUAAUCUUAAGAAAAAUAUUAAAACUAUAGCGGGACGAGCCACUACGUUGAAGACGACAACGGCCUCCUCCACGACGACGGCAACAGCGGAAGCAGAAGCAGAAAUCACCACUACCACCGAACUGAUGACAACAACAUCCACGGUGCUGCAGCAGAAAAGUAUCAUCAAGACCGGCCCGGUCAAAACCUCCAACGCGGCCAGCUUAGAGAAAUACCUCAACCUCCUACAGCAACAGCAAGCAACCUCCAUAACUCCAGCUACUACGCUGAAGAAGGUCGAACGAAAGACUGCGCGAAUAGCACCAACAGUGUCGCUUACCCGCAAAGUUAGUCACUCACCUCAGGGAGGUCUCGGAGUUGGACAACCCAAAAAGCCGGUCACAAUUGCACCUCGAACUUCCGAUCCCAAGUUGAGCAUCAACUACAACCAACAGAUGGUUGCCACGACCGCCACCUCCGCUAUUUCAACCGGCAAUCAACUCAUCAAACAGCAGGAUCAACAGUUGGUUAAGUCACCUCAAUCAACCGUCUUGCUCACCACCAUACGAAUUCCCCAACAACAGCAGCAGCAUCAACAGUCCACUCAAACGCAACAACAAACCAGUCAAAAUCAGUCACAGCCACAGCAGAAUCAAACACAGGCUCAACUUCAAGCACAACAACAGUUCAAACAGGUUGUUCAACAGCAACUCCAACUGAGUAGUCCUCCCCGGACGCCAACCAAGCUAGGCUCGGCUGUGUUCCAGUUUCAUCCGCAAACGACCACCGUCAUGCCAAAUCUGGUACAGAUACCGAAUCUCGUACCAACCCAACCGGUUUCGUCGGCGGCUGCCAAACUGAACGCCCCGGUAGUCGCAUCCUCAACUACCAGCAGUCCAACCACUGCCAAUCUGGUGAUGAACAACGCCACACAUGGACUGACGGCCACCAGACUGAACAACGGAACCACACAGCUUUACAUGAAUGGUGCUGUCAUCAAGCUGCACCAAAUUCAGCAGCAACAGCAGCAGGCAAUUGGCACUGCAGGACAGCAAGCACCAACCCCACAGCAGAGCCUGCCCAUGGAUUCGGCGACAGUCAGCAUGGGUCUCAAUGGUCUACUCACCAAGUCUGCAACUUUAUCGACUGCAGCUAGCACCAUCAGCACAAAUCAACCCGCACAUCAGGCCAAAGCGUUCACCCUCCACGCUCAAAAACCAACUCAGCUUUACCAACAGGCGAACACAUCUACGGCUACGGCCUACACCCCACAGCCGUUCUUCAUGGCUCCUAGUGGACAAAUCCUCCUCAACACAGCCGCUCUCCCCACCAUGCUGACUUCCGCGAGUCUUCAACAAGCCCUGGUACAAGCGGCUCAAGCCAACAUCCCAGCGCUGCAUCCACUUCAACCCAGUCAACCUCAAUCAACUCAGUUACCAAAUAUCACUGCCAUCAUCCAGCAGCAACAACAACAGCAGCAACAGCAACAAAUGCUGCCAAAUUUCCACCAAUUGCUGGCCAACAUCCCACAAGCGGUGCUCCAAAACCUGCAAUCAACAACCAAACUCGGUCAAACACCUCAGUUCGUUCCUAUUCCCUCAAAUCUAUUCCUUAACCCGCAAAACCCCGUCUACACCAGCAGUCCGUCCUCAUCAUCCUUCACUUCCCCAAUUACCAUUUCAACGUCGACGCUCCCCUCCGGAUCAACCACCAUCUCACAGCCCCUCUCCCCACCGCCCCUCGUGGCAACGGUACCAACCUACACCACCACUGCCAAACCCAUCAUGAAUACCUUGAACAAUCAGAAGAUCAUCAUAGCUUCUGCUACUAGCACCACUUCCUCCAAACCACCGCCGCCGAUCAAGCCGAUCUCCAGCACCGAACCUCCCAAACUAGUUCCAGUGCAGUUGAACAAACCGUCGAUCUCAAUCACCCCCGUCAUAUCGAAUCCUCCCAAACUAGUCCCACCAUCCGCUCCGAUUCCGAAGCUUGUGCUAUCGGCAUCAGUUGCAACCAAAGCCACAUCCACCACCCCCAUCAAGGACAAACCAAAACCCAAUCUACCCAUGUCUGAGCCGCCAGCAUUAGCUCCGGCGUCCUGCACUCCGCCUCUUCUGACUGCGCCGGCACCGCUUCCGGUAGCAUCCGUUCCAUCGCCCGUCCUCUCUCCGCGGGCCAUAGACAACAAGUCACCGCCAGCUCUCAACCCACUGAGUCUGGACUGCGGCAGUAGCAACGACAGUGGCAUCGUUGCCAACUCCAGCGACACCGAGGACAAAUCCCUCACAAUCGACCUCUGCUCGCCGGGAUCUCCCGACUCCACGCCGCAGAAAAAGGACGAGGAAUCUCGCCAAGAGUCGACACCAUCACCAGUCCCAUCACCGUCACCAUUAUCUGAACCUCCAGUCAUUCCUGCCGAAUCAGAACCUGAACCGGAGCCGGAGCCGGAGCUGGAACCAGAGCCGGAGAUGGAACCCGAACCGGAAACAGAACCGGAGCCAGAGGUAGAACCAGAGCCGGAAGAUGAGCCCCAUCUCGAAGAACCAAAAAUUGACGAGUCCUCUGAAGCCGUUGAGCUUCCCGAACUGGAGGACCCGCAACCAUCCCCUCCAUUGCCUUGCGAGCUACCACCACCUCCGACUAUCGAAACCGACCUACUGGACACCCUCAGCCUACCUCCCAGCCAAAAAUCCCCCAAGAGCUUACUCCUGGAGCAAAUCAAGCUCAAGCUACCGGAUCAACCGGACGACCAACCGCAAGAAUCGAUGUCCUCCGAUCAGGACUACAGCAACCAAAGCCCGCUGGAUGAAUCCAGCCCUACUGGAUCGGCCGAACCGUCCGAAUCUCAAAGGUCCACUACGCCGGUCGACAUGUCGCCUCCGAGCAUAGAAACCGAUUUCCUAAACACCCCCCAGAUGACGGAGAGUGCGAAGAGCCCCAUCCUGUCGCAGCCAAAAACCAUCCGCUUCCCAGCCCAGAAUGGAGUGCACCACAACUUUGGCCGAAAAGGUUUCCGGCGUCUGUCGGACGGCCGGUUGUUCGGGGUGUGCUAUUGGAGCAACUGUGACGCCCAGUUCGACACCAGCUCAAAGCUGUUGGACCAUCUGCAGAUCCAGCACGUCAACACCCAGACGGGACCGUUCGCUUGCCUCUGGGAUGGCUGCAAGGUGCACAACAAGGAGUCGUGCAGUCGACGCUGGUUGGAACGGCACGUCCUGUCGCACGGCGGUUCCAAACCACACAAAUGUAUUGUGGCCGGGUGCGGGAUGCGGUUCGGAUCCCAGCUUGCACUGGAGAAGCACGUCAAUCAUCACUUCAACAACACGGAUAACGCCAGCGCAGGCAAACGAUCAUCGGAUCCACCCCUUCCCAAGGUUCUUCGCAAGACUGGCAAAAAGCUACGAUAUCGACGUCAACCGUGGUCAGCUCGACGGUUUGACUUUUUCGAUAUCGGAGUGAUGGAAGGGCUGCAGCACAGACUGAUCAUGGCCGGCAGUGUGGCCAGUGCUCGUCGGGGCACGGUGACGUUCCGGGGACAGGCCGCAGGACGGCGGGUCACCGGAUUUGGAGCGGAGGUGUUUGUCAAGUGGUACCCGCGGGAAAUCAUCUCCGACGAUUGGAUCCCGGAGGCGGAAGUCACCUCAACGAGAGAGAUCUCAAUCUACGAGCUCAAUCCGGACCAGAGGUUCGAGCUGGAAGCGCAACUGAAGACCAAUCGGAAGGCCAAUGCAGAGUUGCUUUUCUGCCUACACGAGCUCAACCUGAAGCUGCAGGCGGAAGCAUCGUCGACCUCGUGCAGCCGAAGUAGCUUCAGUAGCAGCAGCAGUAGUAGCUCGUCCAGUGGAUGCAGCAGUGCAAGUAGCAGCCUCAUCAGCACCCCCAUCCCGUUCAACUCCCGAACGGAGCCGAAGAAGCUCCGGAAACCUCCCAAGCAGUCGUACCAACCGUCGUCGUCCGGUACGACGUCUUCCCUGUCGUCGGUGCUCUCGUCUUCGGCAUCUUCUCUGCUCUCGAACGAGAACAGCAGCAGUAGCAGCAGCAGCAGCAGUAGUAGUAGCAGCUCGUCGUCAACUUCCUGACCGACGGUGGCCGCGCCAGCCAUGGGCACACCCCGUGGUCCCACUUCGCUGGCCAUGGCUAUGCUGUCCGGUUCCCUUGCGCAGAAACGGACGCGCAAGGCACUCAGCUGCAUUCGCCGGCGUGCAACAACAACUAAAAUGCAACAGCUUGACCAGCCCAAGGGUUCGCCUCCCAAAGCGGCCAAGCAGUAGUUUCUAAGGCAAGGUACUCAGGUACCCCCACCCCCAAUUGUGUAUAGAAUGUAACGAAAUGAGGUUUCCUUCCUGCGAGGUUGCGAGCAGAGUUCAGGAGCGAUAGAAUCGAUCACUGCGUGUACAUAGAAGAAAAGGGAAAAUUUUGAUUUUCCUGGGCGUUCCUGAAGAUUGAGGCAACCGAACAGCGCAAACUGCCGCCGCCAUCAAUGAUUUCGAUCCUUCCGUUCUUAUUUUUACUUGGGUAAGAACACACGUGUUAGUGCUUAGUUACGCAAAAGUUUGUGUGAUUCGUUUAGGUAAAUAUUUUUUAUACAUGUAAUGGAAGUCAUAGCCGAGGUGGAAACAAUAUUUAAAUAUUUAGUUGUAACGAAAAUCAGGGGAGCUAACUUAACGGCUAAGGGCACGUGGUGAGCGAACGCUCACCAGUGUUACACUCCCGCGCAAACGAGCAGAUGAUGUGCAUUUUUAAGUAAGUCAAUCGGUUUUUUUAGAUAAAUUUUUCGCUUUUUCGAAAUGGUUUAGCGAGAGGCACACACACGGUGAGAGAAGUAUCACGAAUUAUGGAAUUAAACACAUAUAGAGUCAAGUGGGGGCGUGAAUUAGUUGAUCUCAAUGAACGUAUAAAAGUUUCGGUAACAGAAAAACAGUAAAAAUCAAGAAUCGUGGUAUAGUAAUAUAAUUUUAGAAAUACGUUUCUUUAUUUCGAGCGAGAA